AUUUUUAACACCGGCAGCAACAAUAGCAAAAACAACGCAGUCAACGGCAACAACAACGAAGCAACGACACCAACAACAAUAAUAAUAACAACAAAUCAUCAGAAGAAACCGAGAAAAAACGUUCAAAGUUUUGGAGUUGCUCACUGGCCGCUUCGUUUUUUGUUUAUUUUUUAUGUUCGGUUUUGGAGGGCAGUAGGCGACGGGAAAUAGAGGAAAAAGGAAAAGCGCCGGGCAAGGAAAACGGAAAACAGGACACAACUCAUCAAUAUUCGAAAAAGCAAUUGAGUCGAGGCAUCAAUUCAUCAAUUAUUCAAAAUGACCGAAGACGAAAUUCUCUUUGACGACGUCUACGAGCUGUGCGAGGUCAUUGGCAAAGGACCCUUCUCCAUUGUGAGGCGAUGCAUACACAGGGAGUCCAAUCAGCAGUUUGCUGUCAAAAUCGUUGAUGUGGCCAAGUUCACAGCGAGUCCUGGACUGAGCACAGCGGAUCUGAAGCGCGAGGCCACAAUAUGUCACAUGCUGAAGCAUCCGCACAUUGUCGAGCUGCUGGAGACCUACAGCUCCGAGGGAAUGCUCUACAUGGUCUUCGAGUUCAUGGAGGGCUCCGACUUGUGCUUCGAGGUUGUGCGGCGUGCUGUUGCCGGUUUUGUCUACAGCGAGGCGGUUGCCUGUCACUAUAUGCGCCAGAUCCUGGAGGCGCUGCGCUAUUGUCACGAGAACGACAUCCUGCACAGGGACGUUCGUCCCGCCUGCGCCCUUCUUGCCACCGUCGACAACUCGGCGCCCGUGAAGCUGGGCGGCUUCGGAUCGGCUAUCCAGUUGCCCGGCACCCGGGAAACCAUAGAAACACACGGACGCGUCGGAUGUCCGCAUUACAUGGCGCCGGAGGUGGUGACCCGGCGGCUAUACGGCAAGGGAUGCGAUGUUUGGGGUGCCGGAGUAAUGCUGCACGUUCUGCUCUCCGGUCGGUUGCCCUUUCUGGGCUCAGGAGUUCGGUUGCAGCAGUCAAUAGCUCGCGGUCGGUUAUCGUUUGAGGCACCCGAGUGGAAGUCCAUCUCGGCGAACGCCAAGGAUCUAGUCAUGAAAAUGCUGGCCGCAAAUCCCCAUCACAGACUCUCCAUCACCGAGGUGCUCGACCAUCCGUGGAUACGGGAUCGGGAUAAACUACAGCGCACUCACCUGGCGGACACGGUGGAGGAAUUGAAGCGCUACAAUGCUCGGCGCAAGCUUAAGGGUGCUGUCCAGGCCAUCGCAGGAGGCACCAACAUGGAUCCGUUGUACGCCACCGAUGCGGACAUGCCAAUCGCCGGGGCCACGGACGAGUGGGCCGACGAGGAGGCGGGCAUCGAGGCGGUGCAGCGCAUCCUGGACUGCCUGGACGACAUCUACUCGCUGCAGGACGCGCAUGUUGACGCCGAUGUGCUGCGGGACAUGCUGCGCGACAGCAGGCUGCACCAAUUUCUGCAGCUGUUCGACCGGAUCGCGGCGACAGUGGUGACCAGCAAUGGAAGGGCACCGGCUGCCGAGGCCGUUGGACGUUGUCGCGAUGUCCUGGAGCUGCUCUCAUCGACGGCCGGCGGCAACUCGCUUGGCGGCAAGUAUGCCAAGGACGAGCUGCUGCAGCUCCUGGCCGCCCCCCACAUGCAGGCUCUGCUCCAUAGCCACGAUGUGGUGGCCCGGGAUGUCUACGGGGAGGAGGCGCUGCGCGUCACCCCGCCCCCGAUGGUGCCCUACCUCAAUGGCGACGAGCUGGACAACGUCGAGGGCGGCGAACUGCAGCAUGUGACCCGGGUGCGACUGGUGCAGUUCCAGAAGAACACGGACGAGCCCAUGGGCAUCACGCUGAAGAUGACCGAGGACGGGCGGUGCAUUGUGGCCAGGAUUAUGCACGGCGGGAUGAUUCAUCGCCAGGCCACGCUGCACGUGGGCGACGAGAUACGGGAGAUCAACGGCCAGCCGGUGCAGCACCAGUCGGUUGGCCAAUUGCAACGAAUGCUGCGCGAGGCACGCGGUUCUGUUACCUUCAAGAUAGUUCCUUCGUACCGCAGCGCUCCGCCCCCCUGCGAGAUAUUCGUGCGCGCCCAAUUCGAUUAUAAUCCGCUGGAUGAUGAGCUUAUACCCUGCGCCCAGGCGGGCAUAUCAUUCCAAGUGGGCGACAUACUGCAGAUCAUUAGCAAGGACGAUCAUCACUGGUGGCAGGCGCGACUGGACACGGUGGGCGGAUCGGCCGGACUGAUACCGUCGCCGGAGCUGCAGGAGUGGCGGAUCGCCUGCCAGACGGUCGACAAGACCAAGCAGGAGCAGGGAGAACCGGGUGCUGGAUGUUCCGCUCACGCAGAUGGGUGUGAUGGAUCAGCAGUUAACUGCUCCAUCUUCGGGCGCAAGAAGAAGCAAUGCCGGGACAAAUACCUGGCCAAGCACAAUGCCAUCUUCGACACGCUCGAUGUGGUCACGUACGAGGAGGUUGUCAAGGUGCCAGUUGGGGACCCAAACUUUCAGCGCAAAACGUUGGUGCUCUUGGGUGCUCAUGGGGUGGGCAGGCGGCACAUCAAGAACACCUUGAUAUCGAAGUACCCCGACAAGUACGCCUAUCCCAUACCACAUACAACGAGACCUGCCAAGCCCGAGGAGGAGAACGGACGCAGCUAUUACUUUGUCUCGCACGACGAGAUGAUGGCGGACAUCGGUGCGAAUGAGUACUUGGAAUACGGCACCCACGAGGAUGCCAUGUACGGCACCAAGUUGGACACCAUCCGGCGCAUUCACACCGAGGGCAAGAUGGCCAUUUUGGAUGUGGAGCCGCAGGCAUUGAAGAUACUCCGCACCGCCGAGUUCACGCCCUACGUGGUGUUCAUAGCGGCGCCCUCGCUGCAGAACAUAGCAGAUUACGACGGCAGCCUGGAGCGACUGGCCAAGGAGUCGGAGAUGCUGCGCCAGCUAUACGGGCACUUCUUCGAUCUGACGAUUGUGAACAACGACAUCAGCGAGACGAUUGCCACGCUGGAGACGGCCAUCGACCGGGUGCACACCACCCCGCAGUGGGUGCCCGUGUCCUGGCUGUACUGACAAGACAGCGAACUGGAAUGCCCCGACUGCCUCGAGGGCUGUGACUGCGAGUGGGACGCCUACACGCAGGCCUCCAACGUAGCGCUCUACUGAGGCCGAGAAGCAGAUGC